AUGAAGUCGGCCUUUGUUUACCUCGCGUCCGCGCUGGCGACGCUGUCGCUGGCCAGUCCCGUCAAGAACCUCCGGGCCGAGCCGACUGAUCUGCCGCGUCUGAUUGUCUACUUCCAGACGACCCACGACCAGAGCAACAACCCCAUCUCGAUGCUGCCGCUCAUCAACGAAAAGGGCAUUGCGCUGACGCAUCUGAUUGUGUGCUCGUUCCACAUCAACCAGGGCGGCGUCGUGCACCUCAACGACUUCCCGCCCGAUGACCCUCACUUCUACACGCUGUGGAAUGAGACCAUCACGAUGAAGCAGGCCGGCGUCAAGGUCAUGGGCAUGGUGGGCGGAGCUGCCGCCGGAUCCUUCAACACGGCGACGCUGGACUCUACCGACUCGGCCACCUUUGAGCACUACUACGGCCAGCUGCGCGAUACCAUCACCAACUUCCAGCUCGAGGGCAUGGAUCUCGACGUCGAGCAGCCCAUGAGCCUGGCCGGUAUCACGCGCCUCAUUUCUCGUCUCAGGGCAGACUUUGGCCCAGACUUCCUCAUCACACUGGCACCAGUCGCGUCGGCGCUGGAGAACAGCUCCAACCUCUCUGGCUUCAACUACAACUCCCUGAGGUCUGCGCAGAGCUCCAACAUUGACUGGUACAACACGCAGUUCUACAGCGGCUUCGGCACCAUGGCGACGACAAACGACUAUGACCGCAUCGUGGCCAAUGGCUACACGCCCGACACGGUUGUGGCCGGACAGCUGACGUCGCCCGAUGGAGGCGGCUGGAUUCCCACGAGCAAUCUCAACACCACCAUCAUCUCGCUGGUCAACGAGUACGGCCAGAUUGGCGGUGUCAUGGGCUGGGAGUACUUCAACAGCUUGCCCGGUGGCACAGCGGAGCCGUGGGAGUGGGCGCAGAUUGUGACCGAGAUUCUGCGUCCCAACUUGGUGCCGGACCUGAAGAUUACUCAGGAAGAUGCCGACCGUCUGCAGACUGCUUAUGCCGACAGCGUCAAGGCGACGGGUAAGGACAAGAGCUUUGUCAAGAAGCCGUCGGUGAAUUACCAUGCCAUGGUCAACGCUUAG